AUAUAAAAGGAUCGCCCUCCGCGCGCCGCCGCUCCUUCGCAAACCCUCCUACCCCAUUCCGCCGCCCGCCCCGCGACCCCGAGGAGGAGGCAAGAUGAAGACGAUCCUGGCGUCGGAGACGAUGGACAUCCCGGAGGGCGUCACAGUGACGGUGGCGGCCAAGCUGGUGACGGUGGAGGGCCCCCGCGGGAAGCUCACCCGGAACUUCAAGCACCUCAACCUCGACUUCCAGCUGCAGGAGGGCGGCCGCAAGCUCAAGGUGGACGCAUGGUUCGGCACCCGCCGCACCAUGGCCGCCAUCCGCACCGCCAUCUCCCACGUCCAGAACCUCAUCAAGGGGGUCACCAAGGGCUACCGCUACAAGAUGAGGUUUGUCUACGCCCAUUUCCCCAUCAACGCGUCCAUCACCAACUCCAACACCGCCAUCGAGAUAAGGAACUUCCUCGGCGAGAAGAAGGUCAGAAAGGUGGACAUGCUUGACGGCGUGACCAUCCUCCGCUCCGAGAAGGUCAAGGACGAGCUUAUUCUCGAUGGCAACGACGUCGAGUUAGUCUCUCGCUCCGCCGCCCUCAUCAACCAGAAAUGCCAUGUCAAGAAGAAGGAUAUCAGGAAGUUUUUGGAUGGUAUCUAUGUGAGCGACAAGGGUGUGAUCGAAGAGGAGCAGUGAGGGACAAUUAGUUGUUAUCGUUUGAGUUGGAAUUAUUGUUUGGUUUGCAAUUUUCUCAAGGUGAACUUUGUAAUCGGUUAGGAUGUGUUGUGGACCAUUAUCUUAUCCUACAAUAUUAUCGUAUCUGUUUAAGAAUAUGAAGCUUGUUUA